AAUGGUCCAUAACGUUGCUUCUGUGGCCCAGCAGGCAAAGGCAGAAUCUCCUACACUGGAUGAAACGUUUAUUUUCUCGAUCGACCCGAAAUCAAUUAUAAAGGGUCUACCGACAGGCAAUGUGUGCUGCGUUUGUGAACGACCAGAAAACCUAAUAUGAUGUGGUAAGUGCCACCGCGACAUGCAUUUGGAUUGUACGACGGCUCAAGGACCGACAGUCCACGAGCGUGGUUUCAAAUGCAGCGAAUGUAAAGCUAUGAAGGAUAGUUUUGAGAAACAAUCUUGUUUUGUGUGCAAUGAUGAGCGAGAGGAAACUAAAACCGAAUCGAAAAAUCGCUGCAUAUAUAAUUUAUGCGCUCGUCAGUAUCAUAUCACCUGUUUGUGCAUGUUUCCUCAGUAUAAAGCGGUAAUUCCUAAGAUCAUCAUUUGUCCGCUUCACGUGUGCCACACCUGCGCACACUAUUCAAUGGCAAAAGCGUCUCAUGCUAGAGCAAAACUUGUACGAUGCAUUAAGUGUCCGUCUGCCUACCAUCCAGACUUGCGAUGUAUUCCGGCUGGGUCGGAAAUGGUUACCACGAAACAGCUCAUCUGUCCGAAGCACAGCCUCGAUCAGAUAGCUCCACAUGUUAAUUGGUGUUACUUAUGCUCCAAAGGAGGAGAUUUAGUUUGUUGUGAAACCUGCCCCAACACCGUCCACCAGGGCUGUCUGCCACACAAAAUACACGGUGGAAGAUACUUCUGUAAAGAAUGUGUAUCCGGUAGAUUUCCUUUGCAUAAUGAGAUUGUGAUGGCAAAGCUCGGUAACUAUCGUUGGUGGCCAGCUUUAAUUCUACCGCCAUCCAAGGUAUCAGAAUAUCUAUUUCAACGGCGACCGAGAGCAUCAUCUAUUUGCGUUAAAUUCUUCCAAUCCCACAAUGUAGCUUGGUUAAAUAGAAGAAGGAUGUAUCUAUACCAUAAUUCGGAAAAUCUUGGCACGAAAAAAACUAGAACCUUGGACAAAAAGUAUAACAUUGCCAUAGACGAAGCGAGAUCAGUUUAUAAAUCAUUGCAGACGCAGAAAAUGCUAAAUGUUCCGAUCAGCUCUAAAACUAAAAAACUCGCUCCAAUGUUUACGAUACUUAAAACAAACCGUUACGUUCUUCCCCUUAAGCGACGACCAAUUUGCAUCGAUUCGUAUUGCGACUGCCGUCCAGAUGAUGCAGAUCCAUGUGGCCCGACGUCUUUGUGCAUCAACCGAAUAACAAUGAUCGAAUGUAUUCCUAGCACCUGCCCAGCGAAAGAUCGGUGUUUAAAUCAACGCUUUGCCAAACGGCAUUACCAGUCUUUGGAGGUCCGUGACUUUGAAGAGAAAGGUCAUGGACUAGUGGCAAGCGAAUCGAUCACAUAUGGAAAGUUCAUCAUUGAAUAUGUCGGCGAGGUGAUCGAUAGGAACGAGCUAAACCGCCGAGUCAAGGAAAAUCGUCAGAACACGAAUUAUUUUUUGAGAAUAGACCAUCUAAUGACCAUUGACGCUGGUCAGAAAGGUAAUGUUUCGCGGUUCAUUAACCAUUCUUGCAAUCCGAAUUGUAAAAUGCAAAAGUGGAACGUCGGAUAUGCACCUGCCAUUGGAUUAUUUGCCACCAAAGACAUUAAAGCGGGAGAAGAGCUAACCGUCAAUUAUAACUCGAAAUACUUUGCCAGCAUGAAACAGGAGUGUCGCUGCGGAUCGUCCAAAUGCUCGGGAUACAUAAAGUAGAUGUAUUCGUCCCCAAUAAUAAAAAAAUCGCUUCCGUUUAAACAUGAA